AUGGCUUCCCUCAUACGCUCUACCAUCUUCUCCACCUCUUCUCGGUUAUCCCGAUCCACUUUUAUCUCUACAGCCUCGUUCGCUUCGUCUUCACGACACGGUCUGGAUUUCACUCGACCACGUCAAUUCCCUCCUUCCACACCAACUACAACCACUACCACGACCUUGUUAGAAGAAGAUCCCACUUCAGAACCAAUCACCGAAUCUCACGAGUCGCCCUCUACGUCUAAUCAAAAUCCAGAACCUAUACCUACCCCUCAACCUUCUCCUACAUCUUCUACCAAGACUAUCCCUACUCCCACCCUCGCUUCCACUCCUAUUCCUAGCUCGCCCGCACGAGCGAGAAGUAGCAAGGGCUCAGGAUUGAGGUGGCUAGCCGAAACGGAUAAAUCAAACGAUAACAAUAAACAUCUUGUCCCUACUCAUACUCUGCAUGUCCGAUCGACUCGAAAUAACAUCGUUCUCUCAUUUACAGAUGGACUGGGACCGGUGUUCACGAACGUAUCGGGAGGAAGUGAUAGACAGUUCAAAAACAGUCAAAGGUCAAGUUACGAAGCUGCUACUCAAGCUUCUAUCAAGAUGUUUGAGAAAAUCCUAGAAUAUCAUCAAACUACCACUCCAUCCAAUAGGAGAUUACAACUUCGUGUUUCGUUCAAUGGACUGUUCGGUAUGGGACGAGAAGCCAUUGCGUCUGCUCUGAGUGGUCCAGAAGGUCAGGAGAUCAGGAGUUUGAUUACGAGGGUGGAAGAUAGGACGAAGAUUAAGAUUGGAGGGACGAGAGCAAGGAAACCUAGAAGAUUGUAA